UUUUAAACCUAUAUUAUUACCGAAAUCCAAGUAAAUGAAAAAAUUAGUCAUUUAUUACACGUAGACUGAUAACAUUUUGCAUAAAUGAUGCUAAAUUCUCUUGUAUCAUUGGAGGCUGGUACGGCCCUCCUCGAGCAAAUGGCACCCGACUGGUGGCUAGCAUGACCAGACCACACCCACUCUUUCCAUACGCAAACAAAUGGUUGGACCUUCAGAACACAACCGCCUCAUGGAACGCUCGCUUAAGAGAGCUAGCAAGACAGCGCCAUUUUCAAGAAGCUCUCAAUCUCUACUGCCAAAUGCUUGCCUCUGGAGACUCUCCCAACGCAUUCACCUUUCCUUUCGCAUUCAAAUCAUGCGCCUCCCUCUCACUGCCUCUCGCCGGUUCACAACUCCAUGGUCACGUAAUCAAGACUGGGUGCGAGCCCGAACCUUUCGUCCAGACUUCUUUGAUUUCAAUGUAUUGUAAGUGCUCGACUAUUGCAAGCGCACGUAAAGUGUUUGAUGAAAAUCAUCACUCGAGAAACCUUGCUGUUUGUUACAAUGCCUUGAUUGCUGGGUAUUCGUUGAACUCUCGAUUUUCGGAUGCGGUUUUGUUGUUUCGUCAAAUGAGGAAGGAGGGUGUUUCGGUUAAUGCAGUGACAAUGUUGGGCUUAAUUCCGGUUUGUGCCGGUCCCAUUCAUUUGGGUUUUGGAACGUCUCUUCAUGCUUGUAGCGUGAGGUUUGGAUUGGAUGGUGAUUUGUCAGUUGGGAAUUGUUUGCUAACAAUGUAUGUGCGAUGUGGGUCGGUUGAUUUUGCGAGGAAGUUGUUUGAUGGAAUGCCCGAAAAGGGGUUGAUUACUUGGAAUGCAAUGAUAUCUGGAUAUGCUCAAAAUGGGCUUGCAGGCCAUGUUUUGGACCUUUAUCGGAAGAUGGAGUUUACAGGAAUUGUUCCCGACCCGGUGACACUAGUUGGGGUUCUGUCAUCCUGUGCUCACCUUGGGGCCCAUGCCGCUGGAAGGGAGGUAGAACAGCGGAUAGAGUUAAGUGGAUUUGGCUUCAAUCCCUUCUUGAAAAAUGCUUUAAUUAAUAUGUAUGCUAGGUGUGGAAACUUGGUAAAGGCUCGUGCUAUUUUUGAUGGCAUGACUGAGAAAAAUGUAAUUUCAUGGACAGCAAUUAUAGCCGGAUAUGGAAUGCAUGGACAAGGUGAACUUGCAGUGCAACUCUUCGAUGAAAUGAUUAGUUCUGAUGAACUGCCGGAUGGAGCAGCUUUUGUGAGUGUUUUAUCUGCUUGUAGCCAUGCGGGACUGACUGAGAAGGGCUUGUAUUAUUUUACUGCAAUGGAGAGGGAUUAUGGAUUGCAGCCUGGUCCAGAGCAUUACUCUUGUGUUGUGGAUCUUUUAGGUAGGGCAGGACGACUUGAGGAAGCUCGCAAACUCAUUGGGUCAAUGUCAGUGGAACCUGAUGGUGCAGUAUGGGGAGCCCUUUUGGGUGCUUGUAAGAUCCACAGAAAUGUAGAGCUGGCCGAGUUAGCUUUUGAAAAGGUCAUUGAGUUUGAACCUACAAAUAUUGGUUAUUAUGUAUUGUUAUCAAAUAUAUUCUCUGAGGCAGGGAAUAUGGAGGGGAUAUUAAGGGUUAGAGUGAUGAUGAGAGAGCGGAAGCUCAAAAAGGAGCCAGGUUGUAGCUAUGUUGAAUAUCAAGGGAGGAUUCACCUCUUCUUGGCUGGGGAUAGAACCCAUCCACAGGCACAGGAGAUAUAUCACAUGUUGGAUGGAUUGGAAGAUAUCAUCAAGAGACGUGGUGGGUCUAAUGAUAAUGAUCAAGAGAGUAGAAAUGAAGAGCUUAUAACUGGUAUGGGAGUGCAUAGCGAAAAGUUAGCAAUUGCAUUUGGACUCAUAAACACUGAGCCAGGGACAGAGAUUACUGUGAUAAAGAACCUGAGGGUAUGUGGAGAUUGUCAUCUAUUUCUAAAGUUGGUCAGUGAGAUUGUGGACAGGCAGCUUGUUGUUAGGGAUGCCACUCGUUUUCACCAUUUUAAGAAUGGAGUUUGUUCUUGUAAAGACUAUUGGUAAAGUUCAUCCAAAGAUUUUCAAAGUUGAGAAGCAACAUAAAAUGGAGGAAGACAGGCUGGAGUCCCCAAGCUUUUGUCAAAAUUCUGGGAAAUUGACAUUGAGGGUGAAGUUUGAAAAUUCUGAUGUCAAAUAGAAAAUAUUAAAAUUUUGAAACUUUGGAAUGCAUCACCGAAUUUAGCUGAAGUGGCUGCUAGAAUGUUUGGAUUAUCUACGCUUGAUUGAUGAACAUCAAUGCCAGAAAGCAUGGCGCUCAUACCAGAGAACUAGAGGGCAAGGAAUAUUGCAAGAUUUUGAAAAGGUCACACCUCUCCAGCACGAGAUGAGACAUGUAAUUGUGAUCUUCACCCAUAAAUGCUGUUGGUUGAAUGGUAAGAGGUUCUGUAUAAUAUCACAAGAUGAGAAGUUUGGAAGAAAAACCACUGAACGGUGGCAAGUUUGCACUCUCCCAACAAAUCAGGGGGACAAAAUAAGGGUAUGUAUUUAUCGAUUGUUCAAAGAAAUAGAAACAUUGAAGGAACCUCAUGACCAUGUAUUGAUUUUCAUAAAUCCAGGUUUCCUCUUUUCUC